AUGGCAAUGGAAAAUGAUAUAUAUUUGAAUAUUCCACAAAGAACAUUUAUUAAUGAAAAAUAUUUAUUGGAAGCAAUCACUCAUAAAACAUACGCACAAGAAAAUUUACUGACAGCUGGUCCAUAUAACGAAAGAUUAGAAUUGUUGGGUGAUUCUGUUAUUAGUUUUUUGGUAAUUGAUUAUUUGUAUGAGAAAUUUCCCGAUUAUAAUGAAGGAAAAUUAACUGCCAUAAAGUCAAAACUAGUUUGCAAAAAAUCUUUAGCAAAAUUUGGAUUUUCGAUAGGCCUGCCAAAUUUGUUGAGAUUGGGAAUUGGCGCUUUGGCUGAAGGUUCUAGAUACAAGGAAAAAUUUAUAGAGGAUGCGUUUGAAGCAUAUAUUGGUGCUGUAUUUUUGGAUUGUGGUAAAAAUUAUAAAGAGGUAUCCGAAUAUUUGAGACAAUUCCUGGAACCAGCCAUAAAAGAAAUAGCAAGUAAAGAAAACAUGGAACAAGAGGAGAUUAAUGAAAUAACUCAAAAAUUAAAUGGAAUUGGACCUAUCGAUUCAAGUAUUUCUAAUAAAGAUUAUCUGGACUCUAUCAAUAAAUUACAAACUUUAAUUCUUUAUAAUUCAUAA